UGUGUUGCAACUCGGCCCACAAAGUAUAACAUUACAAAAGCUGAUAUUUUUCGAUUUGACAUCAUUCUAACCAAAGUAUCGACAGUGCCAACAUGAAGCUCAAUUUCUUCUCCGCAACGGCAUCGGCCCUGCUGGUGGUCUUGAUUACUCAAUCAGCUUAUGCGUCCGAGAAAGUGUCAGCCCAGGAUUACGCCUACAACGUCACAUGUCUCAACCAUCUCCGCAGUCACAUCAAGCGUGAACUCCAAGCUUCUGUUACUUACCUGGCCAUGGCGGCCUGGGCCAAUCAUUACGCUGUUCAGCGUCCAGGUUUGGCCGAUUUUUUCUUCGACAGCGCUUCGGAAGAACGUGAACACGGUUUGAAACUGCUCGGUUACCUUCGUAUGCGAGGACACAACGAACUUGACAUCUUACCUUCAUCUCUGGAACCCCUCAACGGCAAGUACGAAUGGGAAAAUUCGCUGUCUGCUCUGCGCCAAGCGUUGAAGAUGGAGAAAGACGUUACCGAGUCCAUCAAGAAGAUAAUCGACUAUUGUGCCGAUGCUGAGGACCAUCAAUUGGCUGACUACUUGACUGGUGACUUUAUGGAAGAGCAACUCAAGGGACAGCGAAACAUCGCCGGACUGGCAAACACCCUGCAGGGCGUGCUCCGGAAGCAGCCGAGACUUGGCGAAUGGAUCUUUGACAACAACUUGUCCAAAUCAAAGGCCGUUUGAAAAUGGUGCCAAACUGCAAUAGAGAGGACAAGUGGACGAACACUUCCAGUUUAACUUCAACGACGCGCUGCAUUGCGGUCGUCGUUUUUCCUUUAUUCUUUUACACCCCUCGUAGUCUCGUUUAAAAAAACAAACAAAUCUUAACUAGCAACAACACCAACAAGUCAUGCUAUUGUAAGUGCGUAAUCGCAACUGGAACAAUACACAUUUCCAUAUUUCCCCAA